ACAACACUCACGACUCGAGACGAGCGGCGUGACCCCACUCAGCCUCGUGACUGCGCCCACGAUCCCAUACCAGGUUCUUGCUCGAAUUUGGCGUCGUGAACCCAAGCCAUUCGUGAUUGUCAGGCCACCACCCUAGGCGUAUCCUUACUCAACCACUAAGCAGCGGGCUCGCGCUUUUUGAAGGGAGAUUGGAGUACCCAACGACCUCACGCGCCUUUUUCGGUCGGAGCUCGCGAUUACCCAUCACCUAGUCGUCUCUCUGUCCUACCUCCCUCUGCGAUCUUGUCUCAUCUGCACGGCCUCAUCUGCACGGCCUCAGAUGUGUUCAGCGUCAUGCCUCACCUCUCUGUGAGCCUACAACGCUAACAAAGGAGGCACAGCUCUGAGCCAAUCGUGAUCUUGCUGCGCGUGUAUGCACCUUGGUUGGCGGUUGCUAAUACCGCAUCAUACAUCAGUUUGCCGUCAUGUCUCAGCUCAUCAACGCGGACUCGAAUGACUCUCAAAGGAGGAGAGAAGAGGCAGAGCUCAUACUGCACAACCAAGAUCUCGCUCGCACGACGCCACCCGACUUCAACAGUGCGCCUACGGCGUUUGGUCUAGACCAUCGGGUGAAGACACAACGUCGUGGCUCCCGUAGCGAUGCCAUGGAGCCUACAGACAUGCAUGCGCCCCCCUCUCAUGAUGCUGCAUCGCAGUAUCCUAGCCUACCACCCUCGCCUCGCUUACAUCCAACGUCCCCAUCGUGUGCAGGCAUCGCUGGAGCAAGCACGAUCUCGAGUCUAGCCGCCAGCCCAUCGCUCGGCUCUAAUAGAUCAAUGAACUCCGAAAUACCUUUAGCUGCUGUGUCGGAUCUACAAGCAACGGGAAUCGACUCGGCACGCGAUCUUCAGAGACAACCAUCCAUCUCCUCGCUGGAAGGUCCAAGCGAGCGUGCAGGAUCCAUCGGCGCAGUCGCAAGAACAUUCGCCCCUCUUCAUCUUGAUUCACAUCGUCAGAAGGAUCAGGGCGACGCAAGCGGUCUGUGCCGCAUACCCACCACAGCGCAACUCGCAAUGAGUACGACGACCGGAGGUGAUGAUCGCGACAAAGCUGGGAGACGGACUCGUUCAACUACUACCAGUACUCAGAGUGACGCUGGCCUCCCGGAGGCGGGUGAGCACUUUCCCAUUCUGCAGAUGCUCAGCAUGGUAGGCUCUAGAUUUGUGGAAGCGGAAGCGGAUGGGUUUCCUGAGCCUGACCAAGGAGUGCAGCAUGAUUCGGCAGCUACAAGACUUGAGGGCACAUCAGUGUACGGUGCUCAGUCGGACGCUGAAGAGUCGAAUGACGAUGAACACAUGGCAAAACUUUCCGCGGCUGGCCCAAGUCAGCCUGCCACGGCGAACGUUGGUCUACUGCGUCGGCGAGUCAAGCGCGUCCAUGGAUCGCGAAGUGAGAUAUGGGAUGAUACUCCAACCCCGGUCGGCAGCCGCACGCCUUUGGCGGCUUCAUACUCAGCUCACGCUGCGCAUGAAGCGAGGGGCUCCCACUCUGCGACCAGGCCCAGCACCGCAAACAGAUCUAGUCGGCUAGCUCGGGGUCAGUCCAGUGAUCGAGAGGCGGAUGGCGAUGCAGAGGAGAGCAACGAGAGCGAUCUUGCGGCAUCCACAGAAUCUUUGGCCGCUGCGGGCCUGGCACCGCAGGCGAGCAAGGAUCGAGCUAUGGCAAGCGACCUUUCGUCCUCGACUGAAUCAAAACCACCAGACCUUUCCACCUCGCUGCACAUGCUGUCCUCCGCAGUGCUCGAUCGGUCUCGGCCUGACUGCCAUUCAGACUCAGACCCAGACCCAGAAUCUUCCCAGCCGCAUCGACUAGCUACGUCGACUGCAGAUACGCCGCUGCUGUCUGCGGAUGAACGAAAACAGUUGUUGGCAGCAAAAUUGGUAGAGAUCUUUGGUCUUGGCCGUACGGAAACACUGCUUGCGACCCACCAAGCUUUUCUCGUGCGCGGGUUGCUACUUUCAGGCCACAUUUACCUCACGUCGGAUCAUCUGCUGUUCUACGCUCCACUGCCAACUACUCAGCACUCGUCAGAAGGCGACGUGCUGCAGGCCGGCGCUUUGAGAAAGAAAACCCGCAGAACAAUGCGCUUCAGCAAGCAUUGGGCAGUGCUGGGAAAACGUGCCCUGAGCUGGUACGACUCUCAUCAUAGUCCUUACUUUCCUCAAGAUCACAUCGACCUGCGCGACAUCAUCGAGAUUGGUUCUUCGCAGCACGGUGGCGAUCUGCAAUCUGCCGAUGACGCUCAACCAAGCAGGACUGCGGACGCGGCAACGGAUCAUGCUAGCUUGGACUUCUACGUUCAGACCUCGUAUCGACGCUUCGUCUUCUCAGCAGCUUCUCAAGCCUCCAAAGCAACUUGGGUGGGUGCGCUGCGAAGCGCAGUCAUGCGAGCUCAGAAUGAUGGAGACAGCGUCAGACUAUCCAUCCCACUGGAAACCAUUGUCGAUGUAGAGUACGGAGGGCAGACAGGCGUUGGUCCAUCAACUUCUGAAAUUGCCGCUAUGCCAAGCGACUUCAGCUCGUCUCAAGCCGCCAGCAAGGUGCCUAGCAGGGACUUUCUGUGCAUCAAAGUUAUAGACGGAGCUGGCGAGGACUUCGCUAUACACGAAUACUUUUUCAGGCACAAAGGCGAGCCGUCCAAUCUCGUAGAAGUACUCUCUGAUACAAUAGAGCAUCACAAUGCCAGACCGCGGAUGGAACGCAGGACCUCUUCAGGCAGUGUGAGGGAUACGCUCGCUGGUAGUUGGCAAGGAAGGACUGAUGUUGGCUCCAAUAGGUACUCUUCCGGCCGCGGUGUCGAAUUUUCGGCGUCAAGCGCUCCAAUUGCGGAGUCUGCGCCAGCAGAGACCAACGCGCCAAUGGCAACCGAAAUGCUGGGCCCAAGAGCUAUCCCUAUCCCUCCUAGGGCUACUGGCGAAAACUCCACGCUGCCAGACCGCGAUGCGAGUUCCGAGACGACCCUACCAAUGUCGCAAGCUAGGCUGUCAGAAACACCGCGACCACCCAAUCCGCUUGCUGCUGGCACGCAUCGCUACCCACCUGCGAGCGUCGCUGGCGGCCCGCCACGUAGUCUCUCUUCUUCACGAGGUGCACGCAGCUCACUAGACUCGACACGAAUGCUUAGACCGCACAUCUUCCCCGGCUGGAUGCGCGAGGCGGGGGAAAGAUUGCUGUCUGUGACAGGACCUGGCGCAGAGCGACUCAGCGCGCAACUGGCAGCUCUGGCGCGUCAGCCUCACCGAAAAGUCCAAGAGAGCUGGUCUAGGCCUCUAUACGAAGCUGAUUUCGGCUUUCGCGACUGGGUUGGUGCAAGUCAAGCGCCUGAUGGUUCAGAGCCCGGUGACCCAAUGUGGCCCGGGAAUGAUUGCGACGCCGUUCGAGCGGUCGAGAGCAGCCUAGACAGCUCUGUGAGCAGCAAUUACUCCUUGCUCGAGGGACAUGCAGAUCAGGCCUUGCUUGCAGAAGAGGCAGAUCGAGAUCACCAGUUUCGGACAUCUUUUAUACUGCCUAAGGAAGAAGCAUUGGUAUACCAUGUUAGCGCGAGCCUGUAUCGUAUCGUGCCGGUACAGGGUCGUGUGUUCAUUUCGACCAGAUACGUCUGCUUUCGCUCUUCGCGAAUGGCUACAAAGGCCGUUGGCCGGACUCUGAUGGUCUUGCCGAUUUCUGAGCUGGUUUCGGUGGCGAAACACAAUGCGUUUCGAUUCGGUCAGCACGGACUCGUAUUGAUGGUCAGAGGUCACGAAGAACUCUUUCUGGAAUUUGGGUCUCGUGAACGCCGCGACGAGUGCAUGGCGCAAAUCGACUAUCGCGUGGAGGAGCUCGCAAAUGAUGUGAAUAGAGUUGAACAAGGAUUAGCCAGUGUUAGCGACAACGCUACGAAAGAAGCUCUGAUGCUGCGGGACUUGAGUCAACGCAUAUCUAUUCGGCAAGGCAACAGCAGCGCCCCGACGCUCAGCGGCAGUCUCGACACCACCAGCAAGCCACCUGACGUUCCGUUUCCGCCGACUUCACAUUCGAGCGCCUCAUCAUACCCCAGCACCUCAAUGCAGUCAUUCGAUCCCGCUAAAAGUCUACAUUUCACGUUCUUGACGAUCGGCUCGCGCGGCGACGUUCAACCAUUCAUCGCCUUGGGACAAGGCCUGAAAGAUGCGGGUCACCGUGUUCGCAUCGCCACGCAUCUCGAAUUCAAAGCGUGGAUAGAAAGCCAUGGCAUUGAAUUCAGAGAAGUUGGCGGGGAUCCUGCAGAGCUGAUGAGAAUAUGCGUCGAGAACGGGACCUUCACGGUGUCCUUUCUGCGCGAGGGCGUCUCAAAAUUCCGGGGGUGGCUUGACGACCUCUUGAAAUCAUCGUGGGAAGCGUGCCAAGGCACUGAUGUUGUUAUCGAGUCGCCGAGCGCGAUUGCUGGUAUCCACAUCGCGGAAGCUUUGCAGAAGCCUUACUAUCGUGCAUUCACGAUGAUAUGGUCACGCACCCGCGCCUAUCCACACGCAUUCGCCGUUCCCACCACGCGCGCAGGCGGCAACUACAAUUAUAUGACCUACGUGGUGUUCGACCAGGUCUUUUGGCGUGCCUCGGCAGGUCAGAUAAACGCAUGGCGGAAGACCUGCCUUGGGCUCCAGCCUACUUCAUUGGACCGGCUUGAACCGCAUCGGGUGCCCUUCCUGUACAAUUUCUCUCCAAGCGUAGUACCGAAGCCACUAGAUUGGUACGAGUGGAUUGACGUGACUGGCUACUGGUUCUUGAGGCGGCCUGACGGAGACCAAAGCUGGACACCGCCUGAUGAUCUCGCAGCGUUCAUGAAGCGCGCCAAGGCAGCUUCGCGCAAAUUGGUCUACAUCGGAUGGGGCUCCAUCGUCGUACGCGAUGCGCAAGCGAUGACUCGCUGCGUUUACGAAGCCGUUCGGCAGGCAGGGGUUUGCGCUAUCUUGUCCAAAGGCUGGUCAGAUCGCCUCUCUGACAGGCAUCUGCAACCCACAGAGCAGAUGAGGCCUCAGCCCAGCUCGCCCAUCUCAGAAGAUGUGUUUGAGGUGCGCUCCAUACCCCACGACUGGCUGUUUCCCCAGAUUGACGCUGCUUGCCAUCAUGGCGGGGCCGGCACCACUGGGGCAAGUCUACGAGCAGGGAUUCCAACCAUAGUGAAGCCAUACUUUGGAGACCAGUUCUUUUGGGGCGCUCAGCUCGAGGCCCUUGGCGUCGGCUCCUGUGUGCGAGAGCUUACUGCGGAGAAUUUAGCUGCAGCUCUUGUCAAAGCUACCCAAAGCCCUAGACAGAUCGAGAGGGCGAAAGCGCUCGGCGAGCAGAUCCGCAAGGAGGACGGCGUGAAGAAUGCGAUCGCUGCUAUAUUCCAUCAUCUCGAUUAUGCAACAAGUCUUAUCAAGUUGAACACGAGGCUACCCGGUGCCGUAGAAGUAGCGACCAAACAACCCAUUGACCAGCAGCACAGCCGCCCUGAUCCACAGCCGGACAACGAACAGCCGGCCCACAAUUUGGAACCUGCGCUGUCCACGACUUCUGGCAGUGGGGACAUGUCGCGCAGUGACAACCUGCCCCCACGAACGACCACAGCUGAACCUGACAUGCAAGGCAGCAUAGCUAGCAUCAAUUCUGGCAUGCAGACAUCUGACGCCGAAUGGUCAGUCGUUAGCGACGCGGACGAGUUUGCUGCGUCGCAAUCUUCGUAG